AUGGCAUGUACCCGACCACCUUCUGCUCCAAGGAAUGUCAUUUUUAAUAUAAAUGAAACAGCCCUUAUGUUGGAAUGGAGUCCACCAAGUGACACAGGAGGGAGAAAAGACCUUACCUAUAGUGUUAUUUGUAAAAAAUGUGGAUCUGAUACCAGCCAGUGCGAGAUUUGUGGAGGAGGAAUCCGAUUUGUUCCAAGACAUAGUGGGCUAAUCAAUUCCUCAGUGACUGUGCUUGAUUUUGUGUCUCAUGUGAACUAUACUUUUGAAAUAGAAGCCACGAAUGGUGUCUCUGAAUUAAGCUUUUCACCGAAGCAGUUCAUAGCCAUCACAAUUACCACAGAUCAAAAUGCACCCUCCUUGAUAGGUAUGGUCAGGAAGGACUGGGCUUCCCAAAACAGCAUUGCGCUCUCAUGGCAAGAGCCUGAUUCUCCUAAUGGAGCCAUUCUGGACUACGAGAUCAAGUACUAUGAGAAAGCCUACCCACGGAUAGCGCCGGCAUUUUGGCACUACCUGCGGGUAGAAGAGAAUGAGCAGCUCAGCUAUUCUUCCACAAGGUCGAAGGCUCCAAGUGUUAUUGUCACAGGUCUCAAACCAGCCACCAAGUACAUAUUUCAUAUCAGACUCAGGACUGCAACAGGAUACAGUGGCUAUAGCCAGAAGUUUGAAUUUGAAACUGGAGAUGAAACUUCAGAUAUAGCAGCAGAACAAGGGCAGAUUCUGGUCAUCGCCACAGCUGCUGUGGGUGGAUUCACUCUUCUAGUCAUUCUCACUCUUUUCUUCCUCAUCACUGGAAGAUGCCAAUGGUAUAUCAAGGCAAAAAUGAAGUCUGAAGAAAAACGAAGAAAUCAUUUGCAAAAUGGACACUUACGAUUUCCCGGAACCAAAACAUAUAUUGAUCCAGAUACUUAUGAAGACCCAUCCCUUGCUGUUCAUGAGUUUGCAAAGGAGAUAGAUCCAUCACGAAUUCGUAUUGAGAGAGUUAUUGGGGCAGGUGAAUUUGGAGAAGUGUGCAGCGGUCGCCUAAAAACACCUGGGAAAAGAGAGAUUCCUGUAGCCAUAAAAACUUUGAAAGGUGGACAUGUGGAAAGGCAGAGACGGGAUUUCCUACGAGAAGCUAGUAUCAUGGGGCAGUUUGAUCAUCCAAAUAUUAUUCGCCUUGAGGGAGUUGUCACAAAAAGUAGACCAGUAAUGAUAGUGGUUGAAUACAUGGAGAAUGGAUCCCUUGACUCCUUUCUACGGAAACAUGAUGGCCACUUCACAGUCAUCCAGCUCGUUGGGAUGCUUCGUGGAAUUGCUUCAGGCAUGAAAUAUCUCUCAGAUAUGGGUUAUGUACAUCGGGACUUGGCAGCUCGGAAUAUAUUGGUCAACAGUAAUCUUAUGUGCAAAGUCUCUGAUUUUGGAUUAUCACGGGUACUAGAGGAUGACCCUGAAGCAGCUUAUACAACAAGUGGUGGAAAAAUUCCAAUUAGAUGGACUGCUCCUGAAGCUAUAGCUUACAGGAAAUUUUCUUCUGCAAGCGAUGCAUGGAGUUAUGGAAUUGUCAUGUGGGAAGUGAUGUCAUAUGGAGAAAGACCAUACUGGGAGAUGUCUAAUCAGGAUGUCAUUCUGUCCAUAGAAGAAGGUUAUAGACUUCCAGCUCCCAUGGGCUGUCCAGCGGCCCUCCAUCAACUAAUGCUUCAUUGCUGGCAAAAGGAAAGAAGCCAUCGGCCAAAGUUCACCGACAUUGUCAGCUUCUUAGACAAAUUGAUACGAAACCCCAGCUCUCUUCAUACUCUAGUUGAGGAUGUAUUAAUAAUGCCAGAUUCACCUGGUGAAAUUCCAGAAUAUCCCUUCUUUGUAUCAGUCAAUGAUUGGUUGGACUCAAUAAAAAUGGGCCAAUACAAAACUAAUUUCAUGGCAGCAGGGUACACAUCUAUGGAUCUUGUUUCAAGAAUGAGUAUUGAUGACAUUAGAAGAAUUGGAGUUGGUCUUAUUGGACACCAGAGACGAAUAGUGAGCAGUUUACAGACUUUGCGAUUACACAUGAUGCACAUACAGGACAAAGGAUUUCAUGUAUGAAAAUUCUAGAAGCAACUGUGUUUUGUGCCUCAGCGUUUCUAAAAUGGAAAAUACUCUCACUUCUUCUUUCCGCUCUUCCCAGCUUCAAAAACUGUAACUUCUUGUUCAUAAUAUAAACACAAAAUAUUUAUGUUAAUUCUUCCAGCUUGGAAUUUUUACUUACAUUACAUAGUUCCUCCCUCAAUGAACUGACAGUAACAUCCUGGCCACCACUAAAAGACUGUUGCUACAUGAUGUUGAAUGGCUUGGCAUGGAUGUAUAACUUUGUAUAACAGUAAAGUAUUCAGAAAGCUUUCAUCAACUUUUUUGAAAGUGAAGGCUUUCUUGGCUUG